UACAUGUGUACAGGAAAACUCCGCGCUGCUCACGGUUCCUCCCUCCCUCCCUCUCUCUCUCUUUCUCUCUCUCUCUCUCUCUGUUUCCCUUUCAUUCUGCUUCCCCGGAGCCGAAUGAAGCAGGGAGCAGGAUUAGAGUCCGCCGGCUAUCGGAAGAGCCUAGAUAAAAAGAACUGCUUCUUAAGCACCACUGCAGCAGCUUUUGUUAAUUUUUUUUUUCCACACAACAGUUGUGCCUCAUUAUCCGGUGCCUGGCUCGAUUUUUUUUCUUUUUCUUGGAGGGUUUGAAGUUUCUGUGCUUCAGUGACUGUUUCAGAAGAAGAGGUGUUAGCGUUGCCUUGAGGUCUUGAUUGUCUGCAUUUAUGAAUGAAACUGACCUAAAUCACCUGUUACCUCCAGUUUCUAGAUUGUUUGAACUUCUCUGGCCGCACAAUACAGGAGGGAAGACUGAAGCAGCAUAAGGACCGCCAGCGGCUGCAGCAUGGGCUGCUUCGCUAGGAUUGUCUGUCUUUUCUGGGGAGUAUUACUUACAGCAAGAGCAAACUAUCCAAAUGGGAAGAACAAUGUGCCAAGGCUGAAAUUAUCCUACAAAGAAAUGUUGGACUCCAACAAUGUGAUCACUUUCAAUGGGUUGGCCAACAGCUCCAGUUAUCAUACUUUCCUUUUGGAUGAGGAACGGAGUAGGCUGUAUGUUGGAGCGAAGGAUCACAUAUUUUCAUUCAACCUGGUUAAUAUCAAGGAUUUUCAAAAGAUUGUGUGGCCUGUAUCUUACACCAGAAGGGAUGAAUGCAAGUGGGCUGGAAAAGAUAUCCUGAAAGAAUGUGCUAAUUUCAUCAAGGUGCUUAAGGCUUAUAAUCAAACUCACUUGUAUGCCUGUGGAACAGGGGCUUUUCAUCCAAUUUGCACCUACAUUGAAAUUGGACAUCAUCCUGAGGACAACAUUUUUAAGCUGGAAGACUCACAUUUUGAAAAUGGCCGUGGGAAGAGUCCAUAUGACCCUAAACUGUUGACGGCAUCUCUUUUAAUAGAUGGAGAAUUAUACUCUGGAACAGCAGCUGAUUUUAUGGGGCGAGACUUUGCUAUCUUCCGAACUCUUGGGCAGCACCACCCAAUCAGGACAGAGCAGCACGAUUCCAGGUGGCUUAAUGAUCCGAGGUUCAUUAGUGCCCACCUCAUCCCAGAGAGUGACAACCCUGAAGAUGACAAAGUAUAUUUUUUCUUCCGUGAAAAUGCUAUAGAUGGAGAACACACUGGAAAAGCCACUCACGCUAGAAUAGGUCAGAUAUGCAAGAAUGACUUUGGGGGGCACAGAAGUCUGGUGAAUAAAUGGACAACAUUCCUCAAAUCUCGUCUGAUUUGCUCAGUGCCGGGUCCAAAUGGCAUUGACACUCAUUUUGAUGAAUUGCAGGAUGUAUUCCUAAUGAAUUCUAAAGAUCCAAAAAAUCCAGUUGUAUAUGGAGUGUUUACAACUUCCAGUAACAUCUUCAAGGGGUCAGCUGUGUGCAUGUAUAGCAUGAGUGACGUGAGAAGGGUGUUCCUUGGUCCGUAUGCUCACAGGGACGGUCCCAACUAUCAGUGGGUGCCUUAUCAAGGAAGAGUCCCCUACCCACGGCCAGGAACUUGUCCCAGUAAAACAUUUGGUGGGUUUGACUCUACAAAAGACCUCCCUGAUGAUGUUAUAACGUUUGCAAGAAGUCAUCCAGCCAUGUACAAUCCAGUGUUUCCUAUUAAUAAUCGUCCAAUAAUGAUCAAAACGGAUGUAAAUUAUCAGUUUACACAAAUUGUAGUCGAUCGAGUGGAUGCAGAAGAUGGCCAGUAUGAUGUCAUGUUUAUUGGAACAGAUGUUGGGACCGUUCUUAAAGUAGUUUCAAUUCCUAAGGAGACUUGGCAUGAUUUAGAAGAAGUUCUGCUGGAAGAAAUGACAGUUUUUCGGGAACCAACUACUAUUUCAGCAAUGGAGCUUUCCACUAAGCAGCAACAACUCUACAUUGGCUCCACUGCAGGGGUGGCCCAGCUCCCUCUGCACCGCUGUGAUGUUUAUGGGAAGGCCUGUGCCGAGUGCUGCCUCGCCAGAGACCCUUACUGCGCCUGGGAUGGCUCCUCAUGCUCUCGCUACUUUCCUACCGCAAAGAGACGCACAAGACGACAAGAUAUAAGAAAUGGAGACCCACUGACUCACUGUUCAGACUUACAACACCAUGAUAAUCACCAUGGCCACAGUCUUGAAGAAAGAAUCAUCUAUGGAGUAGAAAAUAGUAGCACAUUCCUGGAAUGCAGUCCAAAAUCGCAGCGAGCUCUGGUCUAUUGGCAAUUCCAGAGGCGAAAUGAAGAGCAGAAAGAAGAGAUCAGAGUAGAUGAUCACAUCAUCAGGACGGAACAAGGCCUUCUACUCCGUAGUCUACAGAGGAAGGAUUCAGGCAAUUACCUCUGUCAUGCUGUGGAACACGGAUUCAUGCAAACUCUUCUUAAAGUCACCCUGGAAGUCAUUGACACAGAACAUUUGGAAGAACUUCUUCACAAAGAUGAUGAUGGUGAUGGCUCUAAGACCAAAGAAAUAUCCAACAGCAUGACACCCAGCCAGAAGGUCUGGUACAGAGACUUCAUGCAGCUUAUCAACCACCCCAACCUGAACACAAUGGAUGAGUUCUGUGAACAAGUGUGGAAAAGGGACCGAAAACAACGACGGCAAAGGCCAGGACACACCCAAGGGAACAGCAACAAAUGGAAGCACUUACAGGAAAAUAAGAAGGGUAGAAACAGGAGGACCCACGAAUUUGAGCGGGCACCCAGGAGUGUCUGAAGUGCAUUACCUCUAGAAACCUCAAACAAGCAGAAACUUGCCUAGACAAUAACUGGAAAAAAUGCAAUAUACAUGAACUUUUCUCAUGGCAUUACGGGGAUGUUUACAAUGGUGGGAAAUGCAACUGAGUUCCACCAAUUAUAAAUUAAGUCCAUGAGUAACUUUCCUAACAGGCUUUCCUCCUAAUUCCAACAUCUAAUAGAGGUCAGGUGAACACAGAUGUUCACUUUAGCAGACUCAAUGUUUCCUACGAGAUUUCAUUGUAGAGGUUUCACUUUCUUCUUUGCCUGAGAAAUAAAAAUGUCAUUUGCCAUAUUGCCAUCUAAAGAAGAAAAACUGCAUUAGUAAAGCCAUUUUAUUGAACUAAAAGUUUAAAAUAAACUGCAUGGAUUUACUAAGCUGAUGAAUAUUGCAAAAUGUGGUUGGAUUCAAGGAUAUUUUUUGUCUACCAGCACUCAUGUUUAUAUGUACUAGAGGAGUAAAACGAUACUAAAUGAAAUGGUCUGUGGAAACAUAAAAAAACAUAAACCAUUCAUCCUCUUGAAGAAAAAUGGACUACACUGAUCUACUACUGAUGUCUUCUUUCAGCUUUGACCUAAAGAUGUAUUUUAUUAAAACUAUAAUUUAAAUGUACCAUGACAAAUAUGCAGUAAAGUUUAGCUUUUUUCUAAGCUAGAGUAGGUCUUUGUCUUACAAUUAUUGUGCUAUAUAGUUUUUGUUUAAAAAACCCCAGUUGUGUGCUGCUUUUUUUUGACAUUUUGUCUUCAGUUCUGAGAGGGAUAGCCAGUAUUGUCCUAGAAACAUAUAUACAUUAUUAACAAUUAAUUCCUAAAACCUGGAUAUAAAUUAUGCUUUAUUUCUCUGAGGAAUUCAAACAAAUAACACCUCCCCUUGUUUAAGCAUUAUCUAACUUAAUUUUAACCUGCAUAAUGUCCUUAGAAAAACAGAGCAUUUAGCUAGCAAAAAAGGGAAGAAACAAAUUGAUUUGUUAAAUGCAUUUUUUUGUACCUAGUAGAUUAAUGAAGAAAAAAGGAACUGCAUAUUUCAUGAAAAUAAUAAGAAUUAUCUUAAUAUAAUGUUAAUAGAAAAUGUCUCUUAAUUCUGUGCUUGAAUCUCUGCAUGAUAUUUGAGACAUAAAAACUCUCUCAUGAUUCCAUUAGGAAUCUGUGCCACUUAAUUUUUUUUGAAAAGACAGAGAUCAGUAAUAUUCAGAACAGCUUAAAAGUAAAUUUCCCAACUCUGUCUACAUCUGUAUCAGCUGCCUCUUAUCUCACCAUGUUUAAGACAAUUAUCUGUCUAAAGAACACGUGAUUCUUUUCACAUCAAUGGGAAUGACUUUUAUACAAACUAUUUUCCAGGAUACAACCACACUCAAAGCAUGUUAAACCCUUUGUCAUGUCUCAAGGAUGUAUAAGACCUUCAGCCUUACAAUAUACUCUCUUUUGCACUGCACUCACCUUUCCCAGACUCCCUCCCUAGGGCCUUCAUCAUGCACAAAAAUGCAAAGGAAACAUCUCAUUGCCAAUUAAUGAAAGUGACAUUGAAAUUCUAACUCUAGCUGUCUUGGGAUUCUAAUUAACUGAGCAUUAAUUUCUCACCUCAGACUACAGUGAAUUUUUUAAAAAUUCUCUAUCAGCUGAAAUAUUUCACAGAUGGAAGCUCAUGUUUCAGUUUUAAUCAUUACUUUGAAUAAGCAAUUUGUUGAUGCUUGUUUCAAAUGAAAGUCUAAAAAUAUUCUACAUUCAAUUUUAGGCUCCAUUGAUUAAUACAGUGUUACUUUUGGAAGUACAUCGAAGUACAUCCUCAAAUGGUAGCUGAAUUUUAAAUUAUUUGAAGGACACACUCCCUGUAGAGAAAAAAAAAAGUGUUUGAAAUAUAAAUCAACGAACAAACAGUGCUCCAAAAAAUAGGUCAUUCUUUUAUUUUCAUAGAGUUUCUUAACUGUACUAAAAUUCAGUGUUGCGUUUCAUUCUAAAUUUGCAGCUACAUCAGAUUUAUUUGCAAUAAUAGAAGUAUCUUAUAAGUCCUUAAAAAUAAAGGAUUUGAAGGGAUAGAGGUUCUAUGAUAACUUUGGGAGGCCUUCCAAUGGCUGAAUGCAUUUUGUUUAGCAUUGUAAAAUAUCCAUAGAAAGAAAUUCUAGACUUCAAUUAGAAGAAACAAAAACAAACAAAUUUACUGUCAUGUCUCUAUAAACCAUCAAAUCUAUGUUUUCAAAGAAAAUUAUAGAUUUAACUUGCAGGUAAAUAACUCAUUGCAGUCAUAAUCUUCUGCCAAUGUGUAUUGAGAGGGGGCAGUUUGCACAAAAAAUAAUCGAAAUCUCAUUUAAUUUAGUUUUAAUAGGCUUUGGUAUAUGCAUGUAUUAUCAGAGUUGAAACUUUGUUAAGAGACUCACGUGACCUUAAGCAAAUGAUGACAGCAGUCUUAAGGUAGGAAAAAGGUACAUUGCAGCGGAGAAAUUAUGGCCCAGUUGAAAUCAAACAAAAAAUGUAAAUGCAUGUAAAUGCACACUUAAUGCUCCUCUUUAUGUAUUACUUAGUGACUUUUAAUAUGUGUUUAAUAUUUUUGCUACCUACACAUUAGGCAAAAGAGAUGUAAAUAAUUUUGAAAAGAAGAGGAAGAACAGUAUAAAAUGCAACUUUUUAUAGGUACUCAAUUUCAAUGUGUUCAACAUCAUCCUAAAAUGCAAGAUUUUCCCACACAGGUAACAAACUGGUUUAUGUGCUAUUUAAGGGCAGAAGGUGUGUGCCCAUUCAAUACGCAUGUUUUUUGCCAGGUAGUAAAUAUGUUCCAUAUCUGUAUUUAUCAUUGCAUUUCAGAUGGGAACUAGAAAACUGGAGAGAAAAAUGUAAUGAAAUUGCUGCUGUAAAUUAUUCCUUUUAGCAUGUAUUCAGUUGCUAAAUACACAUUUCUUCAAAAGAUUUGAAUUCAGAUGUCUUUACUGUUCCCCAUAGCAUAUGGUGUCAAGGAACAUAAGUUUAGAAAAUGUUGAGAACCAGAGCCAGGUUGCUACAUAAUCAGCUAGCAGAUUUCUUCAUUGUAGUCAUCUGUAAACUGGGUUCUAUUAUGGUGACGAUGUGAAUUUUUAUGCCCUUUAAUUUAAAUAUUGUUACAUUUAUGUCAUACCUAAAAAAGAAAUAUGGGGAUGAAAUCCUAUAAUGUGUCAUUAUGAUAAUCAGUUUGGUUUCAUUCAAGAUCUACAAAGAUACCCAAUAAUUGUUAUUGAAAUUGCCUAUCCUGAAGGUCAUAAGCAAGCAUUUUAUUAAUAUGGAGUGAUUAGUAUAACAUUUUGAAAUCUUUGGUUUAUGAAUUCAUUUUUUAAACACAAUUUGCAUUCAUUUUAAUGGAAAUCUAUCAAGUUUCAUGGUUUCAAAGACACACUUAACAAAUAGAAUUCAAUGUCAUCUUAUUGUGUUAUAGUGUGUUAGCUAUAAAUUGGCCUUAUGCCAGAGACAUCCAUUCUUUUUAUUUUCACUUUGUUUGUAAUAGUUAUUUAAAGUCGGUGAAUGUUUGCAAAAUGCACGUUUCCAUAAAGAAGAAAACAUUAUUUUUCAAAAAAUCUGCAAAAUGCUAUUAGUUUAUUUGAUUUCUAACAAUUUUCUUAUUCUAGUUAAUUAAAGACACAUACCUCUUUUAAGUUAAUAUAAUAAGAGGACCUGUAAAUGAAAGAGAAUGAAGUCACAGAAAUGGUGCCUCAUAUAGUAUGGUCAUUUUCAGUCAACCUGACCAAAGAAACACAUUGGUUUUUGUUUCAAAUACGCAAGCACACACAGGCACAGGUACCGAAUUAAACCAAACCAAACAAAAAGACGAUUUUGAAUAUAAAGAAAUUGAGCUUCUAGACACUUUAUCUUUUACAACCAGAUUCUUAUCCAUUCAAUUAAAUUCCAGUGAUAGAUUUUGUCUGUGUACUAUGUAAUAGGCACUGGUAAGUGAUGAGGAUAUUCAGAUGAGUGAGACAUAACCCCUAUCCUCAAGAGUUCACAAUGAAAUAAAGAAAACAAAAUGGCCUUACAUCAUCUUCUCUGGCAAGUCUUUCUUGAUCCUCGCAUCCCUAGGUUAGGCUAACCACCUUGUCUGUACUAAAUUUGUGCUUUCUAUAUACAUUUUAUUGCCACACUUAUCACGAAGUAUAAUUUCUUUGUUUACAUUCCCAUCUCCCUUUCUAGACUGUGAGCUCCUUGAGGACAGGAUCUAAUUCAUCUCUGCCCUCAGUGCUUCACAUGACACCUGGUAUAGGAAAUACCAAUAUACAUAAGUCAUUGUUGGAAAGAACCAGGUUACAAUGUGACAACUGCCAAAUGCAAGCUCAUAAUAAAAGUGCUAUGGGAUCAGAGAGUAGGAAGUAUUUAAAUUGUGGAAAGGGAUCACGGAAAUGUUCAGAAAACAAUACAGGCUGUGAAUUGAAAUAUAAGUCAGAUUUUCCCAGGUGAAGUAAAAUGAAGGGCCAUCUAGGCAGAAGACAUAAGGAGAAUGGAAGAUAGGGUGAAAAAUACUUUUAUUCUGGGAAAAAGUAUUCUCUGUGCUUGUACGAGCCCAGGCUUCACAAAGAAGAGUAAAAUGUCCCAUUACUAUGAGUCAAGAUGUUACAUUUGUUUGGUUCUUCUUGGAUUUUGAUUUAUUGCCCUCUAUUAGUAUUCACAUUCUCAUCACUGGCACAUGGUGGCAUUCACUCUGCUUCCUUCCAUCCCUUGACCUCUUUGCUCUCCCUCCCUCCUUUCUCUCUGAGUGUUGACCACUUUUAUCUUUACUCAGCUGGAGUCAUAGCACUGGGCAGUGUCCUCACAAUUAUCUUCAAACUAAUCUUUAUGCCAUAAUCUCUUCUCCAGUUCAACCUGUCGUGCUUCAGCUGGGAUUUGGAGACUAAUGGCUGGGAGAAAAUAGCUUUACCAGGUUGACCCCUCUGUGCUGCAACACAGUUCAGAUGAAGUUUCUCUUAUAUUUCACCUGCCUUCAGGAUUACCUCCCUCAUCUAGUAUUAGAUGACGUGGCCACAGGUUCCAACAUCGCCUUGCUAAUUAGCAAGGUGACUCACAAACAAGACUUCAUGAAAGAUAUCAUUAAGAUAUGAAGCCCGUAUUUGUUCAGUGGAUACCCUAGAUGGGGUACUUCAGGGCUAAACAAUGAUGCAGGUCAAGUUAACACAGAUAGUUGACAGGCAAAGUCUCCUAUUUUUUUUCUUUAAACAAAAGAAAAAGUUUUAAAAAAUGAGGAGGCCUAGCUGCAUCUUGAAUCUGUCAACUCCACACCACCACUAUAUUAAACUGUCAAGUUUUUUCUCUUGUAACAAAAGAAUGUAUUUUAUGUCUCUUAAUGUAAACAUUAUACUUGUAGACACACUAUUUAUUUAUAUGGUACCUAAGCAAAAGUUUUCAUAAAUGUGUUCAAGUCAUCACAAUUUGGGUAAAUUUUAAGUCUCAACUUCCAUGCUUUCUUUGUAAAUCUCACUGAAGCAUUAGCCUUCAAGUAAAUCACGUUUUUAAAUUCAUGUCAGUUGUGUAACGCAGUUCUUAAUGUUUUCAUUGUUUUAUUGAUAACUAAUUCUAGAGACACUUAAAUGCUUUCAGAUCAAAUUUUGUGUCUAAAGAUCAAACAGCUUGUCUACUUUAGGAUUUUGUAAUACGUAUCACAUUUUAGGGUGUCUGCAUCCCUGAAUUUCAAAAAAAGAAUGACAGUUUCAUUAGUUCUGAAAUAUUCUUAUUUUUUCAUGCAAUGUUUUAAAUUGCUGAUAAAUGUCAGCACAUUAGUAUAGGUCUCUAUACACCAUUCAAUAAAUUCUGCUUGAAUUUA